UAUUGUGUGUUCCACUAACAACCAAAAUGUGGUAAAUAUCCUAUUUCUAUAAAAUUUCUUAAUAGAAAAUCUAUAUAAACUCUAGAUAUAAAAUGUCAAAACUGCUAUUGAAUGAAACUUUAAAUCUUUUCAAUGAUCUCUCUCUCUUUCACACACACACACGCGCGCGCGCACACACACACACGGUUGUCUGUCCCUCCCACCUUCAGGUGUGAUAUCAGGGAUGCGGUGCAUUCUCAUCCACACUUCUCUUUCCAUCGAGUCUCAUUCUUCUUCUCUUCAAACUUAAGAAGAACGCUCAGAUGAAGUUCAGGAAAUAACAUCAUAUUUUGUUUAGAGAGUUAACUUACUCUCACUAAGGGUUAAGAAUUUAAAGUUUAGCUCUUUUGUUUUGGUAUAUAUUUUUUACGCACGGAGCAAGAUUGCGCUCAAGUCGCAGCGCGAGGCGCGCCCGGUGCUGUCGAGGCUGGGCGCGAGAGCGCGGGUCAUCGCCACGGGCGUGCUGGGCGUUGUCAUGGUGCUGGUGUUGGUCAUCCUCAUCCCGGUCUUGGUCAGCGCAGCGGGAUCAGACGCGCGGUACGAGAUGCUCGGCGCGUGUCGCAUGGUGUGCGAUCCAUACGGAACCAAGUCUCCAUCCUCAGACGAUCCCCGCGAUAACCGCUUAGUUCAGUCCCCACCAACUUUUAUUCGGGGUGCGAAAGGAGAGCCAGGGCGUUCAGGAAGAAUCGGCCAGAGGGGUUUGCCGGGUCCGCCCGGGCCACCUGGUCCACCGGGGGCCAUCGGAGAACCAGGACCACCCGGAUUACCCGGUGCGCCGGGAGUCACAGGUGUCAUAAGCGCGGCGACGUACAGCACCAUCCCCAGGAUCGCCUUUUACGCGGGACUCAAGAAGCAGCACGAGGGCUACGAAGUGCUCAAGUUUGAUGAUGUGGUCACCAACUUGGGCAAUCACUAUGACCCCUCGUCCGGAAAAUUCACCUGCUCCAUCCCGGGGAUCUAUUUUUUCGUGUACCAUGUAUUGAUGAGAGGUGGUGAUGGGACGAGCAUGUGGGCUGAUCUGUGUAAGAAUAACCAGGUGCGUGCAAGUGCAAUAGCACAGGAUGCAGAUCAGAACUACGACUACGCCAGCAAUAGUGUGAUAUUACAUCUGGAGCCAGGAGAUGAGAUCUACAUUAAACUAGAUGGGGGCAAAGCACAUGGUGGAAACAACAACAAAUACAGCACAUUUUCAGGUUUCAUGGUCUACGCUGAUUAAUGCCUGUGCUAUGAACUGCGCUUUCAGAUGUAUCUCGUUUUGAUGUCACCAAGUAAUGAAAAUGUGGUCCAUGUCAGCGUAAAGGUUCAGACUUGCUCACUGGAAUGACUGAAUGAUCACACCACCUGAAGCAUGACGUGAACAUGUUAGUUUUUAGAUAAUCACUGUGAUUUUAAAACAUCUCAACAAGGCUGGUGAUUUUAGUAGAUUUAUUGAGAUCAAGCAGUGAAAGCAGAAAAUCGUUUGACAUCUUCAUUCCAUACGUGCCUAAAUUACACUGGUAUGAAGAGGAUGAAACUGGCAUAGUUGAGAUUUGUAAGUUCUCAUUGCACGCAUAUGAAACGGCUCAAUUUCAUUCAGUUUUAUAUGAAUGCUUUCAUUUACGUUGUCACUGUCAAGUAUGUGCAGUGUCAUUGAACAAAUUGUGAAUAAAAUAUAUUCUAUGA